AGGCUUAAUAGGUUUACAAGGUAUGCCUGGUGCACCAGGUCUAAAGGGUGAUACUGGUCUUCCCGGAGUACCAGGAGCUCCAGGAAAACCCGGCGAAAUGGGUAUGAGAGGUCCCCAGGGAAGAGAUGGAAAUCCAGGACCAGCAGGGCAAGCAGGACCACCGGGCCCCAGAGGUUAUAACGGAAAUGAUGGCAAACCAGGUCCAAUGGGUCCAGCUGGUCCUCCAGGACCACCAGGCCCACCCGGUGAAACUUUGGGUUAUGAUGUAGCAGCCCUAACAGCCUUACUCAAUCAAGGACAAACCAAGGGUGUAGAUGUUUUAGGAGACCAACCUAUGCUCGAUCAAUUAGGUGAAGGUUUAACCGAUGAAGAGAAACACGCUUUGGUUUUGAAGGCCUACGAACAUGUGAAGGCCUCUUUCAUACGUUUAACUCGACCCAAUGGCCAACAAUCAGCACCAGCUAAAACUUGCCGUGAUCUAUUUGCUGCCUAUCCCGAAUAUAAUUCUGGAGAAUAUUGGAUUGAUCCCAAUGAGGGUGACCCACAAGAUGCUAUUCUAGUGUAUUGUGAAAAAGAAAGACGUGCCACCUGUAUCAGACCUCAACCCAAACAGACUAAGGUGAUUAGCUAUAAGGGAAAGGAGGAAGAAGAGGCAUGGCUAAGCGAGUUGCCAUCGGGAAUGAAAAUCCACUACAAAACUGAUUCCUAUCAAAUGGGCUUCCUACAAUUAAUGUCAGCCAAGGCCUCUCAGCAAAUAACAUUCCAUUGUAAGAACACUGUGGCCUACAAGGACGAGAAAAAGGAUACCUUAAGAAAUGGAUUGAAAUUGCUAUCCUGGAAUGACGCCGAAUUAACACCCGACGGUCCUCAACGUUUGAGAUAUGAAGCAGAUGAAGAUGGUUGCAGAAAACGUUCCAAUAACUGGGAUAAAUCAGUUCUAACCUACACCACCGACAAAUCCCAACGUUUGCCGAUUGUCGAUAUCGCGGUGCGCGAUAUCGGUAAUGCAAAUCAGGAAUUCCGCAUUGAGUUAGGAGCAGCUUGUUUCUAUUAGAGGCUUUUUAAAAUGUUUAUUUUAAAGAAAACAAUAUACUUAAAUACAUUUUAAUUAAAUUAGUUUUAAGAAUGAAAACUUUAUACAAUCUCUCUCAAACUCUCAAGCUCCUUUAAUCGAUUCUCUCUCUCAGCGAACGAUCAAAUAAAAAAAACGAAUUUUUGACUUAGUUUAUUUUUAAAUUAAUAAAUGCUUGUAAAUUUUUAAUCGUAAGGUAAAAUAAAUUUGGUAU